UGGCUCGGGCACCAAUGUUUGCAUUUGCUUUAAGAUUUUGAGCACCUCAAAUCAAGAAGUAGCUUUUUGUGUGUUUCUGUUUGAACCGUGGGUCGCGAUCAGCUUUGCCAACGAGUGGCGCCAUUAAUGCGCCCCAAGUGACAUGCAAUUAUGUUACUUUAAGCUUAUGACAUAAGCAAGUGACUGCGUGACUUUCCGACGACAAAUGAAACUUGAAUGCUGACAUUGUGCCCGCGUUCGUUCGCAUCCUAUACAAGUAAUGAUUGCAAGCUUACCAGAUCAUACACGCGUGUGGAGUUAGCGAGAUAAAGCUUUGCGUCUCUCGUAAGCGCACUUCGUUAGUCUCAACCUUCCGACGGUCCGCUUAAUGCGCCGAGCUCACAUACAAUUGCAUCAACAGUAAACAUACGCUGCAUACGCUACAUUUAGGCUUUGCAAAGCCUUCUCAGCAUCGAGUACCCGAAGAUCUUUCUUCGUUAACCGCAGGCCUAGCUUGGCUUGGCGCAGCUGCACACGGCUGGAAAAGCACUGCCGACCGCUGCCAGCAGCAAUCAAAUUACACGCGGCUAGCUAGGAUUCAGGCAAAAGCGGCGAGCAGCGCCCACCACCAUGGCAUCCCAGGCGCCCCCGCCGGGGCCCGGUGGGCCAGCAGCAGUAGCAGCAGCUGCUGCAGCCGAUGCUACAGCCCCGGCUCCGGCCGCUGCUGCUACUGCCGCAGAGGAGGUGGCGGGUCUGGAUCGUGUGCUGACUCGUCUGGCACUCACGGACGAUGACAAACUGGAGAAGGUGCUGCAGAAGCUCAUCCCGGCAGUGAUUGGCCAGCUCAAGAGCCCGCACGACGCCACGCGCAAGAAGGUGCUGGAGAUCCUGAGUCACGUCAACAAGCGACUCAAGGCCCUGCCCGCCAUGCAGCUGCCGCUCGCGGAGCUGGUGACCAUGUACACGUCAGACCCGGCGCCGGGCACGCCGGCCCAGGCGGGCGCAAUGGUCCGCAACUUCGCGCUGGUGUACGGCGAGAUGGCGGCGGAGCGGGCGCCCGGGCUGCAGCGCGUGGCCGCGCUUCCUUCGCUGCUGGCGGGGCUGUCCAAGCGGCCCGCGGCGCACCAGGCGAUCCUUCUGCGUAUCGCCGCGGGGGCGCUGGAGCACAUGCCUCAGCCGUCUGUCACAGGCGCCAUCCCGGGCUUGCCAGCCUCCACCACCAACCCCGCCGUUGCCGCCGCCGCCGCCGCCGCUACAGCGGGUGCUGCUGCCGCGGGUGCUGCUGCGGGUGCGGCGGAGGCUGGCGGCGCCGCGCUGUCGCCUGCGGAGGCGGCGCUGCAUGCCCGCUUCCCCUUCCUCGCGGACACGGCUGACCGGGACAUCUUCCUGUCGUACGGCCUCAAGCUGGUGCUGUACACGCCCCGUACGACACGUGCGCCCUCCACACCCCUGGCGGCCGGGCAGGUGGGCGCCGGUGCUGCCGCCGCCGCCGCGGCUGCCGCCGCCGCGGCUGCUACGCUGCCCCCUCCCGGCGGGCUGAGUGCGGCGGACGUGAAGCAACUGGAGGAGAAGGGCGCGCCCAGCGUCGAGCAGUCCUCCAAGCGCAAGUUGGGCCUGCUCAACCUCUUUGCCGCGGCCGGGCUGGGCAGCAGCAGUAGCAGCAGCAGCAGCAACAGCAACGGCAGUAGCAGCGCUGCGAGCAACGUGCUACUGCCGGUGGCGGCUGUGCUGCCGCACCUGCUGGCCGCGUCGGUGGACCCUAACGAGCCCGUGUCCAGGCGUGCCGAGGAGCUGGUCAAGCGCUCCGCCGCCCUGGACCCGGGCCGUCCCGCCGCCGACCUCGACUCCCCCGACCUCAUCCGCACACUGCUGCAGCUCUUCCACGGCGGCGGCGGCCCGCGGCUCUUCAGCGACGACCCGCCGCCGCCAACAACACCCGCCAGCCCCGACAUCGUGGCGGCACCGGCGGCGCCCGCGCUGCGGUCCAAGCUGGCGUCGGUGUUUUGCAGGAGCAUCACGUUCGCCAACACCUUCCCCGCCUCACUGCUUACGAUCCAGGAGUGUGUCAUGCCCUUUCAGCUGCCAGGCGGUGCCUCCGUGGCCACUGCAGCGGCCGGUGGCGGCGGCGGCGGUGGCGGCGUGUUCGGCCGUCUGCGGCAGCAGGGCCUGGAGCUGUGUGUGUGGGUGUUCAAGCACGCGGGGCGGCACCAGCUGAGAGCGAUGGGGCCCACCGUGCUGCAGGGUCUGCUGGACACGCUGGACGCCUCCGCGCCUGCGGGCGGGGGCGGGGGUGUGGGCGCCAUGGACCCAAACACCAUGACGCUGCGGGGAUUUGCCUACCAGGCCAUUGGCAGUCUGGCCCAGCGAGUGCCAGACCUGCUGCGACCGCGCAUUGACAUCGCGCGCCGCUUCUUCGCGGCCCUGGCCGACGAGCCGCCCGGCGUGCGCGCCGCCGUGCAAGAGGCCACCGGCGCCCUGUCCCGCGCCUUCGUGGUGGGGCCCGCGCCCGCCCCCUCCCACCACUCCUCCUUCCGCCAAACGGGCACCACCAGCCCCGCGCCGCCCUCCGGCGCUGCUACAGCCUCCUCUGCCGGCGCCGCCGCCGCCGCGCUGCUCGCCAGCGGCAGCUACAGCCCCGGGGCGGGCGCGACGCCGCGCAGCUCCACCUCCACGGGGGCGGGCGUGCCGGGCGCGGCAGACGUGGUGGUGCAGCAGCUGGAUGAGCUGCUGCUGGAGAGCGUGAGGAGCCACAAGGACGCAGUGCGGUUGGCGGCGGUGCAGUGGGCAUGCCGCCUGUUCCCCUUCGAGCACGUGCCGGCCCGCUGGGUGUGUGUGCUGGCGGCGGGCGACGCGCGGCACGAUGUGCGGGAGGAGGCGCUGAAGGGCCUCAGGCCGCCCAAGGGCCUCGGCGGCGGCGGUGGUGGUGCAGCGGCGGCGGCGGUGGCGGCAGCGGCGGACGCUGCUGGGGCGGCGGGGGCGGCGGGGUCGGGCGUGGGGCGGCUGCCGUCGCUGUACUGCCUUCUGAAGUAUGUGCGGGCGCGGCUGCCUCGCCUGCGCCAGCCUGCGGACCCGCUGGCCCCGCUGCCGCUGCCGCCCCGCGCCUUCCUGGCCCUGCUGGGGCUGCUGCGCUCCUGCCGCGGCGUGACGCCCACACCCGAGGAGCUCGGCACCGAUGACGACGACAGCGGCGGCGGCACUGGCGGCGGCGGCGGCUUUGGUAGCGGGGGCCUGAUGACGCCCAUUCCUGAGGCCGCGAGUGGUGCAGGUGGCGGUGCAGGAGCAAUGGAUGUGGAUGGGGAUGGCGUGGUGAGCGUCGUCAAGCCGGGAGGAGCAGGAGGAGCAGGAGGAGCCGACGACAUGGACGCGGAGGGGCCCGCCACACGCGGCCCGGCGGCGGCGGCGGCCAGCCUGGAUCCGGGUCUGGUCGCAGGAGACGCGGCGUCGGUCCUGUCUGCUUACGCGAGUGCGCUGGAGGCCGGGCUGUGCCGCGUGGAGGGCAGCUCCGAGGUGACGGCGGCGGCGCUGGAGGCGCUGCUGGAGGCGGCGGCGGAGGACGGCCGCGGCGUGGUGGCGGGGAGGUACCCGGGCCGUGUGUCCUGGCUGCGCGGCUUCCUGGCCCACACGGACGCGGGGGCGCGCGCCGCCGCCGCCAAACUGCUGGGCAGCCACGUGGCGCCCGCGCUGGAGCCGGCGGCGGCGCAGGAGCUGCUGGCGUCCCUGGUGGCCCAGCUGGCCCCCAUGCUGGGCAAGUCGGCAGUAGCAGCAGCAGCAGCAGCAGCAGCUACUGCUGCUGCGGGUGGCGGCGGCGGUGCUACAGCCGCUGCCGUCAGCACCAGUGUGAAGCAGGAGGAGGCGGAGGGUGUGAUGCUGGCGACGGGUCUCAUCCUGGCGAGUGUGGGCGCGCACGGCGCCGCCGCCGCCGGCCGCGCCCUCGCACUAACCGACGCAGGCGCCGCAGCCGCCAUCAACGCCCUGGUCACCAUCCUCUCCGCCGUCGGCAGUAGCACCAGCACCACCAGCACUGCUACUGCCGGUUCCGCUGCUGCUGCUGAUGGCAGUAGCAGCAGCACUGCCACUGCUACUGCCGCUGGCGGCGGCGGCGCUCCCGCGGCGGUGGCCAUCCUUCGCGCCACCGCAGCGCUGGCGCUGUCGUACGCGUGUGGGUGGGGGCUGCAGCCAGCGCUGCUGGAGCCCUCGACCACUGCUGCGGCUGCUGCUGCUGCUGCGGCGGCGGCUGUGGAGUCGGCGGCGGCCACCGCAGGUGGUGGUGGCAGCGCCGCUGCAAUGGAGACGGAGUCCGCAGCAGCGGCGGCGGCGGCGGCGGUGGCGAGCACUUCGGCGGCAGGCGGCAGCGCCGCGGCGGAUGCGGCGAAGGCGGCGGCGACGAAGGCGGAGGUGGCGGAGGCGGAGGCGACGAAGGCGGAGGCGGCGGGGUCGCGGCGUGUGGUGGAUGACGUGGUGACGCGUGUGGUGGAGCUGCUGGGAGACAAGGACGUCAAGGUCGCGUCGCGGGCCGCCGCCGCCGCAGGCUUCUUCGCCGGCGGCUGGGCGGGCAGUUGGGCUGCUACUGCCACUGCCACUGCUGCUGUCACUGCUGCUGCUGCUGCUACUGCCGAUGCUACAGCCGCCACUUCCACUGCUGCUGCUGCUGCUGCUGCCACUGCCGGGGGUUGCGACGUGGACUCGCGCGUGUCUCGGGUGCUGGUGGCCGGGCUGUUGGGGACGGCCGCCAACAAGUCGGAGGACGUGCAGUUCGCAGUCGGCGAGGCGCUGGCCUGGGCGUUCGGGGGCCUGGGCCUGGAGCCGGCCGGGCCCCCCGUGCGCCUCGUGCUGAGCCGCAACUUCACAACCCUGGCCGACGACCUCACCGCACGCGGCGGGCAGGCGGCGGCGGCGGCGGGCGGCGGCGGCGGCGGCGGCGGAGGCGGCGGGGGUGCUGCAGAUGACCCCAUGGAGUCGGAGGAGUCACUGGAGUUGGAGGCGCCGGUGUCUGGCGCUGUGGCGGCGCUGCGUGAGUCUGCCCUGCAGCGGCUGCUGUCGGACAUGGUGGUUAGCCCGAGGUCCGAGGUCCGCUGCGCCGCCGCGGUAUGGCUGGUGAGCCUGCUGGGCUUCUGCGGCCGUGCGGCGGCGCUGAGGGGCCCCGCACUGCCCAAGAUCCAGGAGGCCCUGAGUGGGCUGCUGGGUGACCCCAACGAGCUGACGCAGGAGAUGGCCAGCCGCGGCGUGAGCCUGGUGUACAGGCUGGGGGACGCGCAGGUGCGGGAGCAGCUGGUCAGCAGCCUGGUGUCAGUGCUGCAAGGCGGCGGCGGCGCGGCGGGCGGCGCCGCCGGCCGCAACGUCAAACUCACAGCGGACACCAAGGUGUUUGAGGAGGGCGCGCUGGGCGCGGCGCCCGGCGACAAGGGAGACAAAGGCGGCAGUAGCAGCGCCAGCGGCAGCGGCGGCAGUAGCGGCGGCCUGUCCACCUACAAGGAGCUGUGCGCGCUGGCCACAGACCUGGGACAGCCCGACCUGAUCUACAAGUUCAUGGAUCUAGCCCACCACGCCGCCGCGAUCAACAGCCGCCGCGGCGCCGCCUUCGGCUUUGCCGGUAUCGCCCGCCUGGCCUCCCGCCACACCGCCGCGGCCGGCGGCGGCGGCGGCGGCGGCCCCGAGGCUCUGCUGUCGAAGCACCUGUCCACCUUGAUCCCCAAGCUGUACAGGUACACGCACGACCCCAACCCCAAGGUGGCUGAGGCCAUGGUGGCCAUCUGGCGGGCCCUGGUGGACGACCCACGGGCCACCCUGGACAAGCACUUCGGCGCCAUCAUGAUCGACCUGCUGCGCGAGGCGGGCGGGCGGCUGUGGCGCAACCGCCAGGCCGCCUGCGCCGCCCUGUCAGACCUGCUGCAGGGCCGCAGGUGGCCUGAGCUGGCGCCGCACUUCGGCCAGCUGUGGACCAUGACAUUGCGGGCCAUGGACGACAUCAAGGAGUCGGUGCGCCGGGCCGCGCUGCAGCUGGCGCGCACCGUGCGCGGCCUCACGCUGAGGCUGGCGGACCCGCAGCACACGCCCACACGAGACUGUUCCUCGGCGGUGGGAGUGGUCAUGCCCAUUCUGUUGGAGCAGGGCCUGGCCAGCAGCGUCAACGAGGUCCGGGCUCUGGCGGUGGACGUGUUGGGCUCGAUCGCCAAGGCCGCGCCGGCGGGUGCGCUGCGGCCGCUGCUGCCGGCGCUGGUGCCGGCGCUGUUGGAGGCGCUGAGCAGCCUGGAGGACGUGAGGCUGAACUAUGUGGAGCAGCAUGCGGAGCGGCUGGGGCUGGAUGCGGAGAGGCUGGAGGGCGCUCGCGUGGCGGCGGCGCGGGCCUCACCUCUGGGCGACACGCUGGACCUGGCGGCGCGCCUGGCCGACCCGGGCUGCCUGCCGGAGCUGGUGCCCGCACUGCUGGGAGCCAUAAAGCGCGGCGUGGGGCUCAACACAAAGGUGGGCACGGCACGUUUCAUCCGCAACAUGGCCUCCCGCCCCGGCGCCCUGUACGCCGGCGGCGGCAGUAGCAGCAGCACCCCCGCCGGCGACGCGGCCGGCGGCAGUAGCAGCGGUGUCGGCGGCGGCAGUAGCGCCGGCGGCAGUAGCGAGCCGCUGCUGAAGCCGCACGUGGGUCCGCUGCUGCGGGCGCUGGUGGCGGCGGUAGGCGGCGAGCGCAGUGCUACCGUGCGGCGGGCAUACGCGGCGGCGGCGGCGCAGGUGGUGCGUCACGGCGGGGACAAGCGGCAGGACAAGUUCGUGAGCGAGGCCCUGGCCAGCUACAGCGACACAGGGGCGGACGCAGACGCGCGGUGAGCGUUGCAUGGGCGCUGGGAGAUGUGCUGGGAGAUGUGCUGGGAGAUGUGCUGGGAGGUGUAGGGUAGGAGGGGGCGUGGAGAAGCACACGGGGAGGGCGGCGGCCCACGAGCAGCAACAGGGCAAGAGGACUUGGAAGAGGUUCAUAAUGUGUGAAGAGGUUGCAGCACGAGGACUGCAAAGGAA